GUUAUGACAAUACUGAUGAUGUAGACCUACUAGAUAAUCAAGAUGAUUUUAAUAUAAAUAACUUAAUUUUUUCAAGCUCAUAUGAAUUUAUACAUUCUGGAUUGCAUGAUAUAAAAUUUAUUGAUAAUGUAAUAUUUUAUUUAUAUUUAAAAGACAAGUUUAAUAUUAAAAAAAAAGAACAACAAACCUUUCAAAAAGAACCUGAUGCUAUAAAUUAUAAUGAUAAAAAACAAGUACAAUCUUCUUACCUUAAUGAUGAACAAAAAAAAGCUUUCUUACUUGUUUGUAAUCAUUGUGAACAAAACUACUCUGACAAUCUUAAUAAACUACCUCAGUUAUUAAUGUUUCUAAGUGGUGCUGAAGGUACAGGCAAAUCAAAAGUUAUUAAUGCUAUUGCAGAAUACUUUGAUCAAACUAAUCAAAAAAUAACCUUUAACCUUUGUGCACCAACUGGUGUUACUGCAUCAAAUAUUGGUAAUUGUACUCUUUAUUCUUUAUGUGAAUUUGGAUUUGAUGAUGAUUAUGGCACUUGUAAAUAUAAUUUUCUCAAAAAAAUAUUGAAAAAAAUGCUUCAAGAGAGAUGGGCAAAUAUAGAAUAUGUUAUCAUAGACAAAGUUUCAAUAAUAGGACAAAGACUUAUUACACAAUUACAUACAUAUAUUAAAGAAGCAAAAAUUUUUCAGGAUGAUACUAUACCUUUUGCUGGUUUAAAUAUAAUAUUUGUUGGAGACUUUCUACAACUCCUGCCAGUACUUGAUCAACCUUUAUACUGA